AUGGGUGUAAUUUGUGGAUAAAUUCGGAAGUUCAAAACUUAAGAGUCUUAUACGUCUAGACCAUAGACUUAAUCUCUAAAACAUGAAUAAGAAAAUAUUGAACAUGAAGAAUAGGAUCAGUUAUUUUGCCCAUCAUUAACUAAGAAUUAUAUUUUAAAUCCAAGAUUCCUUAAUAUACAAGAAUAAAAAUGUGAAAAAGAAGACUAUCAUCAAAUUACUUAAAUUGAACAAAACUCUUCUUAAAUUUCUUUGGGAAUUUAAAGUGAACUAAACAAUGUUAACGAAACUUAAGCAAAACAAAAAAGCUAAAAUAAAUUAAAACCAAACACUUAAAAAAGAAUGAGUUUGGAGUAGAGUUAUAAAAUUGCACUUUCACCUUCACUACAGAAAAAAAGAAAUAGUAAUACAAUAAAAAGUCCAUUAGCAUAAAUGUUCUAAAAGUAAAAUCAUACAGCUAAACAAAAAGAAAAAUUAAUUCUUAUGAAAGGAAAACAAAAAAUAUAAGAUAAAGAUGAGCAAUUAGAAUGA